UAAUCACCGAUCCGCAGCCCCUAUGCGUGCCUUGGCGAAGCUGGCACUCGAGCGAGAGGAGUAUAGCAAAGUGGUGGAGUACUUUGAUGAGGCCGUGCGGUUGAAUCCUGUGUUUGGCGGCGACUGGUUUUCUCUCGGGUACGCGGCAAUGCGGCUUGAACAGUGGGGUCGCAGUGGGGAAGCCUUUACGCGUGUUUGUCAAAUUCAACCAAAUGAUGCGUACGCGUGGAAUAAUCUUGCGUCAGUGCUUCUGCGUGAUGGGAGACUUCGGCCUGCGUUUAAUGCCAUGAGCCAGGCGUUGCGCAAUAAUCGCCGUGACUGGCGCAUGUGGCAGAAUUAUUUCUCUAUUGGUUGUGAGCUGAAGGAGGUGACCGAGACAACAAAUGCGUUGAAUGUUUUACUGGAAAUAGCGAAAAGAAACACACAAUUGGAACGGGAAUCGCUUCACCGCUUUGUGGAUAAUGCCAUUGCGUACAUGGAGGGCCGUAUUCCCGCCAGCUCCAAGGAUCAAAUGGAGGGGGUGGAAGAGUCGCAUUUGUUCGCCAGUCUCAUGGAGGAUGAAGAAGAGCAAAACAUGUGUGAUAUCGUUCCCAUUGCUGGUGAUGUCGAGAUGCCCGAGGCAUUUUUGGAGUCUGGCAGGAGGGCGGCCUCCGUGAAGGAGGCGGAGGGGGUGCGGGAAGGUAUCGUGGAGCGGUACAAGCAACGCAUGCGGGAGACUUUUAAGCGAAUCACCGAUCUUUUUGUGACAGACCCGGACAUUUACGCCUGUGGAGCGAAGUUACUUCGUUACAUGGAUGGCCCCCUGAGGGCGUACGAGAUGCGAUUGAAGGAGUUGCGCUGCUGCCAGCAGAAGGACCAGUGGGAGCGGGAUGAGGCUCGUUUUGCCCGUACCUGUGAGUGUCUUUGUGACAUGACAACCGACGUGCUUGCCGCACUUGACGACGCGAUUUCAGCUUCUAACACUUUGGGUGGCAGGGAUGAUGUGCAGGAGGCCGUGAUUUCGGCGUUGGACGACACGCGGAACAACACGACGGCCGUCAUUGAGGCGGCGCAAGAUUACAUGGGUGACGCCGCAGACUACGCCCAGCUGCGAUCGGUGCUGCUACCGCAAAUACGAGGGGGCUUGCAGAAGGCAAAAUCGGCGUUUAAUUCGGACUAA